GGGCAGGGUCCGGAUCCCUGCCAGAUACACCUAAAGCCGCCCUCGUAUUCCUUCUCGGGAUCGUGUUCUUUGACCCUGCAGGGAAAAGUUCUUUUUGAUACACCGGGGCCCCUCGACUUGCCUAGGUCGGGGACUUGCACGGUGUUCCCGGCGAGGGUCGGGCAGUCCCCGAGGGAUCUGGCUCGGGCCACGGAGGGCCGAUGCCUUACAUAACCGCGCGGCGUCCCUCCUCCCCCGCGCCCCUCACCCCUCGCCGAGCCGCAGCCCUUAGAGCGGAUCCCAGCGAUAAAUCCCCUUCGCCCGCCGGGCACAGUCCCUGGCGGAGCCGGCGGGGCGAGCGAGCCCGUGCGUUUCGGGGGGGCCAAGCUCCGGGAUUUUCCAGGCGCCGCUCCCCUGCCCCGGCGCUGCCCGCUGGGCCCCCGGCCCCAGCCCCGCCGGCGCCUCCGCCCGGUCCGCUCCCCGCCCCUCGGAAGCGAGGACCGCGGCGACUGGGGCCCGGGAAGGGGCCGCCGCGCUGGGACGCGGCUCGGUGGGCGCGCCCUGGGGGCAUGUCCGCGAGCUACUGGCAGGGCUGCAGCGGUCCCCGCGAGAUGGCCAGUAACCCAUGUGCCAGGUAGCAUUCUAUGCCAACCUUGAAUGCCAACAGGAAGUCACUGGACAGAAAACUCUUCCAAGAUCAUAACUUGGCUGGUGGAGUAACCUGGAAAAGAAGAAACAAGAAAAACCAUGGCAAAAGUAAAUAGAGCUCGGUCUACCUCUCCUCCAGAUGGAGGCUGGGGCUGGAUGAUCGUGGCUGGCUGUUUCCUGGUCACCAUCUGCACCCGGGCAGUCACCAGAUGUAUCUCAAUUUUUUUUGUGGAGUUCCAGACAUACUUCGCCCAGGAUUAUGCACAAACAGCAUGGAUCCAUUCCAUUGUAGAUUGUGUGACCAUGCUCUGUGCUCCACUUGGGAGUGUUGUCAGCAACCGUUUGUCCUGUCAAGUGGGAAUCAUGCUGGGUGGCUUGCUUGCAUCUACUGGUCUCAUCCUGAGCUCAUUUGCCACCAGUCUGAAGCAUCUCUACCUCACUCUGGGAGUUGUUACAGGUCUUGGAUUUGCACUUUGCUACUCCCCAGCCAUCGCCAUGGUUGGCAAGUAUUUCAGCAGACGGAAAGCCCUUGCUUAUGGAAUUGCCAUGUCGGGCAGUGGUAUUGGCACCUUCAUCCUGGCUCCUGUGGUUCAGCUCCUCAUCGAACAGUUCUCCUGGCGGGGAGCGCUGCUCAUUCUUGGGGGCUUCGUUUUGAAUCUCUGUGUUUGUGGUGCCUUGAUGCGGCCAAUUACUCUUAAAGAGGACCCUGCAACUCCAGAGCAGAACAACGUCCGUAGAACUCAGAAAGAAGACUUUAAGCGGGCUUCUCUCUAUUCACCUUUGACCGACAAAUGGGCACAGACUUGCCCCUGCUGCUCUUUGCAGCAGGAAUACAGUUUUGUGCUGAUGUCUGACUUUGUUGUGUUAGCCAUCUCUGUUCUGUUUAUGGCUUACGGCUGCAGCCCUCUCUUUGUGUACCUGGUGCCUUAUGCUUUGAGUGUUGGAGUGAGUCACCAGCAAGCUGCUUUUCUUAUGUCCAUACUGGGGGUGAUUGACAUUAUUGGCAAUAUCACCUUUGGAUGGCUGACCGACAGAAGAUGUCUGAAGAGUUACCGGUAUGUUUGCUACCUCGUUGCCGUGGGACUGGAUGGGCUCUGCUACCUCUGCCUCCCAAUGCUUCAAAGUCUCCCGCUGCUUGUGCCUUUCUCUUGUACAUUUGGCUACUUUGAUGGUGCCUAUGUGACCCUGAUCCCAGUAGUGACCGCAGAGAUAGUGGGGACCACCUCUUUGUCAUCAGCGCUUGGUGUGGUGUACUUCCUUCAUGCAGUGCCGUAUUUGGUUAGCCCACCCAUUGCAGGUAAGUUUCCGGAGAGAACCCCCAGCCACCUCUUCUCUUUGUCAUAUUGACAUGAAAACAGUGAAAACAGUGAACCGACUUACAGAUAAUAAGAAGGAUUGGCAAGAGAGUUGAGGAAGAGUGAAAGAGAAGAGGAGUGAAAGAGUGAAAGAGAAAAGCCACCAAAAACAUCAGGGUCUCACCUACAUCUUCAUUUUAUAGUCUUCUUCCAACCAGGUGGGAACCUUAGUCUCCUUGGAAAGAAAAAGUCCCCUACUAGGAACCUGAUUCUUUCCACACUAAUGAUGGGAGUAACGGAAUAAUGAUGAGCAGUUGCACAGACUUACAAGAUGGCUGGUAGAUACAACUGGCAGCUACACUGCAGCAUUCCUUCUCUGCGGAUUUUCAAUGAUAUUUAGUUCCGUGUU